AUUACUUUUAAAUUAAAAUAUAGUUAUGGAGAAAAAGGCGCAGGACGAAUUUGUAGAAUACUGUGAUUUUAUCGUUAAAAGUGGUCCCUUUGAUGGGUACCAAGCAGUGGAACAUAUCAUCCAUGGCAAGCAAGGUUCCACUGUAGUCGCAGACAACAUGCAGACAGUGCAUAACUUCUGUUCCAACAAUUACUCAGGCCUUGCUGGAGAUCCAAGGAUGGUAGAAGCAGCUGCUGAAACUAUGAAGACUCAUGGGUAUGGUCUCUCAUCAGCUCCGCUUAUGUGUGGAUACCAAGAUAUCCAUAAAAAAUUGGAAAGAGUAAUCGCUGACUUCCACGGAACAGAGGAUGCUAUUCUUUACCCAUCUGGGUAUCACACCAAUCUUGGUCUGUUUCAAGCAUGCUUUAAUGAGAACGAUGCGUUGUUUUCCGACCAGGAAAACCACGCAUCCAUCAUUGACGGUAUGAGACUCUGUAAGGCCAAGAAGUUCGUGUACAAGCAUUUGGAUACAAAGCACUUAGAGGAACAGCUAAAAAAGGCAGAUGAAUACCGGUUUAAGUGUAUUGUCACAGAAGGUAUUUUCUCUAUGGAAGCUGAUAUUUUGGAUUUACAGGAAUACGUAAGAAUUGCCAAAAAGUACAAUGCAAUGAUAUAUUUGGAUGAAUGUCACUCUGUAGGUACUAUUGGUAAGACUGGAAGGGGAUGUAUUGAGUACUCAGGAGUUGACCCGAAGGACAUCACUUUGAUUAGUAGCACCCUGGGGAAGGCUGUAGGUGGUGGCGGUGGCGGAUACACUGCUGCUUCUAAACCAAUUGUUGACUUCUUAAGACAAACAUCCAGAACUUUCAUUUUUUCAAACUCCCUAAGCUCUCCUAUUAUUGGAGCUUCACUAAGAGCAUUUGAGAUCUUGGAAGAAGAACAGUGGAGAUUCACUAAGCUUAAGGAGAACUCACUUAGGUUUAGAAAUGGGAUGAGAAAGAAUGGUUUCUACAUUUAUGGCUCAGACGAUUGUCCUAUCUGCCCUGUUUUCUUUAGGGAUGUUUACUAUUCAAAAUAUUUUGAAGUUGGUUUGAUGAAGCUAGGAUACUACACAAUUGCCCUUGCAUAUCCAGUCAUACCAAUGAACACUGCCAGAACAAGGAUAAUCAUCACUGCUAUACAUACUAAUGAACAGAUUGAUGGUCUUGUGGAUGCUUUCAAGUUUUUGGCCGACAACUCAACAUUCUUUGAAGAUAUGAAGAACAAUACCAAGGUUAUGGAAAGUCAAAUAGGCUAUGCUGAGAUGGCACAGAAGAGUUAUGACCUGAAGAUGUCCAAAGCAGCCAUUGCCAGCCCUCUUUCAGCCAAGCUUUAA